AUGAGCACGAUGCGUCUACUGUUGCUCGCCCUGCUCUUCUCUUGUUCCUUCGCCCGCGCCGCUUGCGACCCCAAGAUCGUUAACAUUGGUGCAGUUCUGAGCACCCGAAAGCAUGAACAGAUGUUUCGUGAGGCUGUGAACCAGGCCAACAAACGGCAUGGAUCCUGGAAGAUACAGCUCAAUGCUACCUCGGUCACCCACAAGCCCAAUGCCAUCCAGAUGGCCUUGUCUGUGUGUGAAGACCUCAUCUCCAGCCAGGUCUACGCAAUCUUAGUUAGCCACCCACCUACCCCCAACGACCACUUCACUCCAACCCCCGUCUCCUACACAGCCGGCUUCUACCGCAUCCCCGUCCUGGGGCUCACCACCCGCAUGUCCAUCUACUCCGACAAGAGCAUCCAUUUGAGCUUCCUUCGGACUGUGCCUCCAUACUCCCACCAAUCAAACGUCUGGUUUGAGAUGAUGCGUGUCUACAGCUGGAACCACAUCAUCCUCAUUGUCAGCGAUGACCACGAGGGCCGGGCAGCCCAAAAGCGCCUAGAAACACUUCUGGAGGAGCGGGAGUCCAAGAGUAAAAAAAGGAACUAUGAAAACCUCGACCAACUUUCCUAUGACAACAAGCGAGGACCCAAGGCAGAGAAGGUGCUGCAGUUUGAACCUGGGACAAAGAAUGUGACAGCAUUAUUGAAGGAAGCCCAAGAGCUGGAGGCCCGAGUGAUCAUCCUCUCAGCCAGCGAGGAUGAUGCUGCCACUGUGUAUCGGGCUGCCGCAAUGCUGAACAUGACAGGCUCUGGGUACGUGUGGCUCGUCGGCGAGCGGGAGAUCUCAGGGAACGCCCUACGCUACGCCCCAGAUGGCAUCAUUGGGCUCCAGCUGAUUAAUGGAAAGAAUGAAUCUGCACACAUCAGUGAUGCUGUGGGUGUGGUAGCCCAAGCUGUGCAUGAGCUUUUCGAAAAAGAGAACAUCACAGAUCCCCCCCGUGGCUGUGUUGGCAAUACUAACAUCUGGAAGACUGGGCCCCUCUUCAAAAGAGUGCUGAUGUCCUCUAAGUACUCAGAAGGUGUGACUGGCCGGGUGGAAUUCAAUGAGGAUGGGGACAGGAAGUUCGCCAAUUACAGCAUCAUGAAUCUGCAGAACCGAAAGCUGGUGCAAGUAGGGAUUUUUAAUGGGAGCCACGUCCUACCCAAUGACCGGAAGAUCAUUUGGCCAGGGGGAGAGACUGAGAAGCCUGAAGGAUACGAAAUGUCAACCAGACUAAAGAUUGUCACCAUCCACCAGGAGCCCUUUGUGUAUGUGAAACCAGCUCAAGAUGGUGAAACCUGUAAUGAAGAUCUCACAAUCAAUGGGGAGAAAAUAAAGAAGGUCACCUGCACAGGCCCAAAUGACACCCAUCCGGGCGCCAACCGCCACACUAUACUCCAGUGCUGCUAUGGUUUCUGCAUUGACCUGCUCAUCGACCUAGCCAAAACAAUGAACUUCACCUAUGAGGUCCAUCUGGUGGCUGAUGGCAAGUUUGGCACCCAGGAGCGGGUGAACAACAGCAACAAGAAGGAGUGGAAUGGGAUGAUGGGGGAGCUAUUGAGUGGACAGGCAGACAUGAUCGUGGCUCCACUGACCAUCAACAAUGAGCGAGCCCAGUACAUUGAGUUCUCCAAGCCCUUCAAGUACCAGGGGCUGACCAUCCUGGUGAAGAAGGAAAUCCCUCGGAGCACCCUGGACUCGUUCAUGCAGCCCUUCCAGAGCACACUGUGGCUCCUGGUCGGACUCUCUGUCCACGUGGUGGCUGUCAUGCUCUACCUGCUGGAUCGGUUUAGCCCCUUUGGCCGGUUCAAAGUGAACAGUGAGGAAGAAGAAGAAGAUGCACUGACCCUCUCCUCAGCUAUGUGGUUCUCCUGGGGGGUCCUGCUCAACUCUGGGAUUGGAGAAGGUGCCCCCCGAAGUUUCUCAGCCCGGAUUCUGGGCAUGGUUUGGGCUGGCUUUGCCAUGAUUAUCGUUGCCUCCUACACUGCCAACCUGGCAGCCUUCCUGGUGCUGGACCGGCCAGAAGAGCGCAUCACAGGCAUCAAUGACCCUCGACUACGGAACCCCUCGGACAAGUUCAUCUAUGCCACAGUAAAACAGAGCUCUGUGGAUAUCUACUUCCGGCGGCAGGUAGAGCUGAGCACUAUGUACCGGCAUAUGGAGAAACACAACUACGAGAGUGCUGCUGAAGCCAUCCAGGCUGUGCGGGACAACAAGCUCCAUGCCUUCAUCUGGGAUUCUGCAGUGCUAGAGUUUGAGGCCUCACAGAAGUGUGACCUGGUGACCACAGGAGAACUCUUCUUCCGCUCUGGCUUCGGCAUUGGCAUGCGCAAAGACAGCCCCUGGAAGCAGAAUGUCUCCCUGGCCAUCCUCAAGUCCCAUGAGAAUGGCUUUAUGGAGGAUUUAGACAAGACUUGGGUUCGAUACCAAGAGUGCGACUCCCGCAGCAAUGCUCCAGCAACUCUCACUUUCGAGAACAUGGCUGGAGUGUUUAUGUUGGUGGCCGGCGGGAUCGUGGCUGGAAUUUUCCUGAUUUUCAUUGAGAUCGCCUAUAAGAGACACAAAGAUGCCCGCAGGAAGCAGAUGCAGCUGGCCUUUGCAGCAGUGAACGUGUGGAGGAAAAACCUACAGGAUAGAAAGAGUGGUAGAGCAGAGCCUGACCCUAAAAAGAAAGCCACAUUUAGGGCCAUCACCUCCACCCUGGCCUCCAGCUUCAAGAGACGUAGGUCCUCCAAAGACACGCAGUACCAUCCCACUGAUAUCACAGGGCAGCUCAACCUCUCAGAUCCCUCGGUGAGCACCGUGGUGUGAGGCCUCCCGGAGCCGCCGGCCUAGUUACUAACUACUAGGAGCGCUGGUCAGGACUGAUGCCUGAGGACUAAGGGGUCCUGCUCGGGAAGGCCAGAGGGAACGCCCCCGUCCCCUGUCCUCCCGGCCCCCAGUGACUGCAUAUUGCCCCCCUUCUCCCCAGCACUGUGGGGCAGCUGCUGCCCCCGACUCCCUUCCUCCCCACACCCCUAUCUUGGCACCCAGAGGGCAGGAUCCCUGCUGGAAAUAGGCACAGGGGGAGGUAUGGCCAAGUGCCAAGACUUGGAGUUUCCUUGUGAGUAAGUCAAGGGUGAGAGGACCUGAAAUUGGGAUUGGCAGUGAGAGGGACAAGCUGAAUCCUCAGCCUGACAGAGGCAAAUUGAUCUCAAGUCCCAGAGUGGACCUCACCCUGCCCAGGUUCUGGGUAUCCAGCAUCCCCUCUGUAUGGUGUUUGGUUAUGUGAGUGGUCUGACUAUUCAGGAGCCAGGGUUGACCGGGCAGUGUGGUCUCCUGGGCAGAUUCUGCCCCACCCCCACUCUAUCCCAGCACAAAUAUCACCUUGGUCCUGUCAUGGAGAGGCUGUGGGGGGAGAAAUUGAGGGGAGAGGUGUUCCUCACUCCACAGGCUGCUUUGACCCCUAGAAGCAAAAGAAAACCCUAAGGAAUUCUCUAGUUAUCCUUAGCUCUCCCACCCAGCUUAGUUCCCUCCUUUUCUUCGAUUGCCCCCUCCUCCCUCUCCCCACCCAACACAGUUCCUGCUAAAUCCCUGGACACCAUCUCUCUUUUGCUCUCCAUGAUCCCAGUUCCAUUCUCCUACAGCUGGCUCUACUCCCUUCUCUCCAAACUGCUUGUACCAUUGCCCCAGCUGUUCAAUUUUCCUCCCUCCUCUGUACACUCUCUCCAUCCCCCUCCCUUGAGUUGGCCUGUUCUCCCUUCCUCCCGCGGGCUUGGCUCCACCCUGGCUGGCUCUGCUACUUCUACACCAAUGCUGCCCUGCCACUGCCCCCCUUGCCUCCCUUGCCUCAAUGCUCCAGCCUCUGGGCUUCCUCAGCACUGGGCAGCCAUGCUCUGCCACUUUCCACCUCCCACACCCAUUUUGGUUUCAGUUCCUAGAGAGAAAGAGAGUUGGAUUCUGGAAGCUGAAAUAAGUCCCCCUCUCACCUCUUGCAUCCCCCAAAUCCCUCCUUCAGGACUGCAGAGCUGGGGUGAGCCUCCAUCCCCCAGGAGAGGGAAGAUUGUAACUCCUGCCUCUUGGCAUUGACCACCUGCCUCUCUCCCCUGACUCAAGGCCACACCUCCUUUCCAGUACUCCACACCCAUGUGGGCUAUCCCUGUGUACAGCUGUGAGAUAGCCCUACAUACAGGGUGUGCCACUCCACAGAAGGUGUGCACCAGCCGUCUCUGUGUACAGGCAUACACAGAUGCUGUCCCUCCUCACGGUACAUGCACCAUUAUUUUGUAAUGCCUUUCUCAUGUACAGGCUUGUGCUGUCCCUAUUGUACAGGCUUAUGCUGCUCCCACUUAUGGUUCCUGUACCAUUACUGUGUAUAGCUAUCUACUAUUCCUUUGUACAGACAUGCCAUCCCUAUGUAUAAGCUUAUAACAUUCCUGUGUACAGACAUUUGCCAUUUCCAUGUACAUGCAUGUACCAUGGUGUUGCCAAAUUGAACAUUAUGAGCCUCA